UUCCUCCUGGGUUCCCAUAAACACGUCUCAGCCUCUACCGCCUCGCCAGAUUAGCAACAGCCAGUAGAGGUCCAGCAGUUCCUUUCAAGCCUUCAGUGUUUCUUUGACCUUUUUCUGUCCACGGAUUGACCUCUCCUGCCAAGCCUCUCAUGGAUCCCUUUUGUUCUGGAUUUCUGGACCCUGAUCCAAGCUUUCCCUCACGACCACAGAGUAUUGCCUGCUCCUCAAGCUAAGUUUGCUCUUUCUGUCCUCCUGUGUAAGACCUCUGCCUGAUUAUCGUCAAAGGCCCUGGGUGUCGCCUCUUGGAUCUCCUUGUGGAGAUCUUCAUCGCUUCCACAGUAGCCUGUUCUACCUGGUUUCCUGCAGCUCCCUGUCAGACCCUUGGUUUAUCUGCUCCACCCGUCCACAACUCUAAAGACUUUUGUUUUUAUCUCUGUACUAAUGGCUCGGACAAAAGAAAAGGUUUUCUGUCUCAGGAAAUGGACAAGAGUUAUGGCUUUCAUCAUGUUCUCUUUACAUCUCUGUGUUUCUCUCUCUGUCUUCUCAAUACCAGAAAAUGAAAGUCAGAGUUUCUUUCCAAUAGAUGUAAAUGUGACACAGAAGUUAUAUCAGGCUGAGAAGAAUCACAACAUCACAGUGGAUUUCACCUACACCUUCAAAUUUGAGUGCUCCAAAAAGAUCUGGCAUCUUAUCUGCAACCGAAUAGAGAGUAACAACGUUUUUUACCAGUAUAUUGAAGUUGAUGGUAAGAAAGUCUCAGAGUCUCAGGAUGAUCAGUUUUCAGGACGAGUCCAGUGUGAGAAAGACGUCCUCAAAGACGGACGGUUCCGACUCCAUUUGUCCAGACUGAGGACUGAAGACUCUGGACAUUAUAGAUGUGACCUGAUCAUUGGCUAUUGUAGGGGCUCAGACACAUUUAGACUCAAUGUGACUGAGCCUCAUCCAUCUGAUCUCCCACCAACUAUCAUCCCUCCACCAGAGAGUCGGGGAUGGAUAGGAUUAGGAUUCGGGGCAGCAGGAAUAAAUGUAAUGAAGACAUAUCAGAUUUUCACUGUGAACCACAGAACAGAAACAACUGUUUUACCUGAAAACGAAAUAAUGUGCAGACAUUUUGACUCAAUUAAGACUAAAAUGUUGAAAAGUCAUUCAGUGUCAGAUUUACACAUUAUUGUUUUCCUCACAGUCUCAUAUAAAGUCCUCUCACAACUGACCAAUCAGGUUUUCAGUCAGGGAAACAAACUAAAAGUUAAGAUUUAUUAUCAAGAGUUAAAUUAAAUUAGUUGAAUUAGGAAAGUUUUUUCAUGUUUUAACUGUCAGAUGAUGAGAAUUAUAAACAUGGCGGACCUCUAACUGCUUAGUUCAGAUUUACAGAGAAACAGUGACACCCAGUGGUCAAACUUAAAAUGACAGGAAGAGUGUUCUGGAAUUUGCUCCAGUUUUCCA